GCGAUCGUGACGGUACUAGUUUGAGAUAAAUGCGCGGGGAAAAUUAAGAGAAAAUGCGUUUUCUUAGCGGAAAAGUUGUUUUUGUUGUUUGGAUACUUUUUAUUUGUGUCGAAUUGAGUUCUGAAGCCACCAUUCACAAUCAAAGACUAAACAAAAAAAGACACCAUCAUCAUAUCAAAAAACGUAAAGGUAUAACUGCAACCAGUGAGGCUUCAACAAACGAGAAUUUGAAAAUUUGCAAAGACUUGGGACUGAAGUGCCAACAUUCGUGUGAAUUCAUAGAUGGAAAUGCAAUAUGCACGUGUUUGCCCGGUUUCAAAUUGGUUCAUAAGCACAAAUGUGUAGACAUCAACGAGUGCCAGCACUCUAAAAUCAAAACCUCUUGUCCGUAUGGAUGUAUCAAUACAAUUGGAUCUUACCAUUGCAUACAAGAUUCAAAUUAUCAAUCCGAUCAGCCUGCUGAAACUGAAGAAUACGUUGGUGAAGAUUAUGACGAUGAAGAUUACGAAGGUGAAGAAUACGACGAAAACUAUGAAGAAUAUGAAGAAAAAGAAAAGAAGAAAGUUAUUGCAAGCACAAACAAGGAAAGUAACAAUAUUUUACCACCACCACCGGAUAGUGAAAAUAGAAGUAUUGAAAAAGACACCAAGGAAGAAGAGUAUGAUGAAGAAUAUGAAGAUGAAAAAGAAGAAAGUGAAAAGCCAAAGCUUGAAAAUGAAAGUACAAAUGAGGAAGACAAUAAUGUUGUAGUAGUAACAAAUGAAAAUGAGAGAAAAUUUGAUUUAGAACUUGAUAAUAGAGAAAACCCCAAAGAAGAGGAUUACGAUAAAAAUGAAGAUUUUGAUGGUGAAAAAUCAGAUUCUACUAAGGAGUCUUCAGUUACAAUUGAUGAAAAAGAAAUUGAUUUAGAAUCUAAGGAUAAACACGUACAGAUUAGUACAGAAUCUUCAAUAUCAAUUGAUAGAAGUGCUGAUGAACAUUCUACAAUUAUCGAAAAUAAAGAAACAAUGAUAAAAAGUGACGAUCAAACACACAAUGAAAUUAACGCAAAUAAAUCGUUAGAAGAAGAGUAUGACGAAGAAUAUGACGAUUAUGAGGAAGAAGACGAUGAAAAUCAAGAAACAGCAAGAAGUGGCAUUGGAUCCACCGAAGACGAUAUAGUUAUUGAAGAUAUUUCCAAAAUUCCAGUAGAAACUACAAAUAUUAAUGGUUUAUCCACAACAGAAUCGAGUGUCCAAGUUUCAACACCUAUAGUUCAAGAAGAAACUAUAUCUACAACUUCACCCAUUCCUGAUACUUCUACAGUUGAAUCUAAAAAUGAAAUGAUUCAAGAAGUUGAUAAAGAAAAUACAGAUAACGAAGAAGAAGAAUACGAAGAAGAAUAUGAUGAGGAAACUGAAAAUCAAACCACCGAGAUGAAUCAAGUUCCCCAAGUUUGUAAAAAUGGGUUCCGAUUGAUUGAAGACAACUGCAUUGAUAUCGAUGAAUGUGAAACGGGUGAAAAUACUUGCUCUCACACUUGCGAAAACAUUAUCGGCGGCUACCAAUGUCAAUGUCCGGAAGGAUUUCAAAUUGCACUGGACAAUCAAACGCAAUGUGUUGAUAAGGACGAAUGUUUGAGAGAGAAGCCAUGUUCACAUAUUUGUUUGAAUACACCAGGAAGCUUUGAAUGUCAGUGUCCCGAAGGACUUUUAAUGCAAAACUCAACGCAUUGCGCCAAUUUCUCGUGUUCUCAUAACAGUACCAAGAUCAAUGGGGUUUUACAGUGCACUUGUCCAUCAGGAUAUGUUUUGAGCACUGAUGAAAGAACUUGUGAAGACAUAGACGAAUGUCGCAUAGAAAACUCAUGUUCGCAUCACUGCCAAAACAGUUUGGGUUCGUUCACGUGCAGCUGUCCUACAGGAUAUCAAUUGGACAGAAACGAACGGCACUGUAUCGAUGUAGACGAAUGUCUGGACAACACUAUUUGUCCACAAGCCUGCGUGAACACACCCGGAAGUUAUAGAUGUUCUUGUGAAGAAGGUUUCCAAUUCAAUGCAGAACUGAAUCAGUGCGUCGACAUCAACGAAUGCGAUGCAAACUUGAGCGAAUGUGAGCAACUUUGCAUCAACUAUGAAGGUGGAUAUGAAUGUGGAUGUAAUGCCGGGUAUAUCUUAUCGACUGACGAUAUCAGUUGUCAAGAUAUCGAUGAAUGUGAAAAGGAAAAUGGACAUUGUAGUCAGACGUGUCAAAAUUUGCCCGGAUCAUUUUUAUGCAGCUGUAAAGAAAAUUAUCAUCUACACACAGACAACUUGACAUGUAUCGUUGACGAUCCCUGCUCUGAAAACAACGGCGGAUGCUCUCACGAAUGCACCAACAUCGAUGGUUUUCUUAAAUGCAAAUGCCCUGAAGACUUUAUUCUAGAAAAUUCCACUCAUUGCUCCGAAAUGAACAAAUGCGCACUUAACAAUGGCAAUUGCUCACAUUUCUGCGAAUUCUUGGACCAUCAAGUGCGUUGUAGCUGUCCAGAAUUCCACACUCUAAUCAAUAGCACGCAAUGCGUUGAAGAUAAUCCGUGCCUCAAUGAAGACAAUGGUGGUUGCUCUCAUCAGUGCGAAUUCAAAGAUCACAGAGUUAUUUGUUUAUGCCCUGAAACGCAUGAGCUCCAAAACGAAACUCAUUGUGUGGAUAAGAAUCCGUGUUUGGUUGGUAAUGGCGGUUGUUCGCAUGGAUGUAAUUUUGAGAAUGGUGCAAUGUCGUGUAGCUGUCCAGAAAAUCACAAACUCGAAGCCAAAUCCUGCUACAGAUUAGAUCCGUGUUUAGUUGAUAAUGGCGGGUGCUCACACGAUUGCUUUUCCGAUGAAAAUGGAGAAGUUAAAUGCAGCUGCCCGGAGAGUCACUAUUUGAAUGAUACUAAAAAUUGCGUUCAGGAAAAUUUGUGUGAGACAAAUAAUGGAGGGUGUAGCCAUGUUUGUGACUUUUCCACUGGAAAAGUAGUGUGUUCUUGUCCUGAGGGGCAUGUUCUUGUAGAUGGUUUCUGUAGACAGAAAAAUUCAUGCGAAUUGCUAAACGGCGGUUGUUCAGACUUUUGCGAAGACAUUGGAACUGAUACAAGAUGCUCUUGUCCAGAAAAAUACGUUUUAGGACCCGAUAAGAGGACAUGUAUUGUAGUAGGUGAUCUUUGUUCUCAAAACAACGGCGGAUGCAGUCACUUUUGCAAAUCGGAAGGUGAGGUGAUUCAAUGUUAUUGUCCUGAUCACCAUGAUUUGAUCGAUGAGAAGGAAUGUGUUCAAAUUAAUCUAUGUUUGAUUAAUAAUGGAGGUUGUUCUCACGACUGUGAUUUCGAUGAAAACGGCGUAAGAUGCUCUUGUCCAGAGGGUUAUAGCCUGAAAUUAAAAACAUGCGUCCUAAUUAAUCCUUGUGCCGAUAAAAAUGGAGGUUGUUCGCAUGCUUGCACGGCCAUAAACGGUCAAGCGAUUUGUCGGUGUCCACCUGAUUACGAACUUAUAGACAAAACUUGCUUCAAAAUGAAUCCCUGUUCGAUCAACAAUGGAGGUUGCUCGCACGGUUGCACCAACGAUCACGGCGAAGUCAAAUGCAUAUGCCCUCCUGGAUAUGAAUUAUUCGGCAAAAGAUGUUUGGACGAGGAUCCAUGUCGAAAACACAACGGCGGUUGUUCGCACUACUGCAAUCAUAUAGACGGCAAAAAAGAAUGCAGUUGUCCCACAGGCUACGUUCUACGACCAAACAGGAAAACUUGCAAAGAAAUUAACGAAUGUAGAGUCAAUCGGGCGGGUUGUUCGCACGGUUGCAAAAAUACUCCUGGCUCCUACGAGUGCACUUGCCCGCUAGGAUUCCAGUUGGAACAUGACAAUAAAACUUGUGUAGAUAUAAAUGAGUGUGAAGUGAAUAACGGUAACUGCGAAAUGGGUUGCAGAAACUACAAAGGUAGCUUCAGAUGUGACUGUCCCGAAGGCUACGUGCUCCAGCGUGACAGAAAAAGCUGUAAAGCUGGCGAAAUUCGCCAGUGUCGUAUUCCGGAACCACCCAAAGACGGCACUAUGAGAUGUCUGGGAUAUCGUACCGAUUAUGGUUUAACAGUUCCAGCGGACACCAAAUGCGACGUUUGGUGCAACGAAGGAUUUAAGCUUAGAGGACAAUCGAGAAGGAAUUGUAAUGAAAAUGGACAAUGGGACAAUUUGGAUGCUGAAUGUAUUGUUGCAACGUGUCCAAAGUUGCCAAGCUUUGCAAACGGUUGGUUCCUGCCGGGAGUUUGCAACACCGGCAAAACUUAUCCAGGCGAAUCGUGCUCGAUCCAUUGUCGAUCUGGCCAUCGACCAUCGGAUGAGUUCCAGAAAAUCACUUGCAAUGACGAUUUGCGAUGGUCCGUAGAUUUGAAUAGACCGGAAAUUUUGGAACAGUUUUGUAUUCCAGAUUUUACUCAAGAUAUACGAGACGUUUACAUUCAGUGUCCUAAUGACGGAAGACUUAAUGUCGUGCUACCACCUGGACAACGCAGUAUGACUGUUCGAUUUGCUCAGCCUGAGACAAAUGUAGAUUUUGAAAGAUACGUUGUCGCCCAACCAUCCUGGGGCAAACGUCUAGAAUCCGUUCUAUCAGCGGGAACCACAGAAGUAACAUUCAAGGCAAAUUAUGCAAACAGAACAGUUUCUUGUAAAUUAGCAAUUUCCGUAAAAGAUAAAGAAAAUCCACGAGUAAGCGGAUGUCCUCAGGAUAUAGAAAAAGUUUUGGAAAGGGGUCAGUCUAGCCAGAUAAUUUCAUGGGACGAGCCACGAUUUGAGGAUAAUGUUGAAGUAGUCAAUGUUUAUAAGUCAAGGGCUCCUGGAACCGAAUUUGUUCCCGGGAUACAUCAUAUCAACUAUGUGGCCACAGAUAAUUCAGGAAAUAGGGCUUAUUGUCGAUUUAUAGUUGAAGUCAAGGAUUCUAAUGACUUAGAGAUAUUGAAUUCAUUACAAACUCACGAUUACACCAUAAAUUCCGAUAAUUCUAAUGAAGGAUAUUACAAAGCAGUGUUAAUAUGUCCCAGUGGUGCUCAAUAUGAGGACUUAGUAAUCAGACAACCUGAACCAGGAUGUAAAUGGCAACACGUCAAAGUAAACAGGCCACAGACGUACCAAAAUCCGAAGAUCCCGCCGCCACCGAGUUUCGACGAAAACAGCAUUAAUUCUCAAUAUUUCCAGAUUCACUAUCAGAAUAAGAAACCUCAAAAUAAACAUCCGAAUGAGGUAAUGGCACCUAAGAAUCCUAAACCUUUUAAAAUGCCAAUUUCAACGAAUAAUGUUACUCCCAAAGUGUUCGCUGAAAGUCGUUUACCUGGUUACUUAAGAAAUCGCAAGAGGAAAGAAUUUUUCAGGUGGAAUAGAAAAUAAAAUUAUGCCAUAAUAAAAAAAAUAUAUCUAAUUUUACUUUUAAUGAUUUGAGUUUCAUGUAUUAACAAAAUAAGUACAAAGAUUUUUUUGUAAAAUAAAUUGAAUUAAAUUUAAAAAAAAAAAAAAACAAUUUAUCUCAUUCCCCCUUUGUCCAACCCUAUAAGUAUACGGUGAUACGCCACUUUAGGGAUGC